UGAAUGUGAACGGGGUGUUGUGUGAGGUGUUGAUCGACACGGGAUGUACCAGAACGGUGGUUCAUUCGUCGCUCUGCGCCGAGUGGAAGAGGCGUUCUGUGUCCAUGGUGACAGUUAGUGGUUCAAGAGAACAAGGCGAAAGUGCGGCCGGUCCUUGACUUCCGGGAAAUGAACACUCACGUCGACACGUUCACGGCGGACGUUGACGUGUGCAGUGAGAAACUUCGUGAAUGGCGCCGGACGGGUGAGAAAGUGGCACUCCUGGAUCUGAAGAAGGCGUACCUUCAGAUACAUGUGGAGGAGUCACUGUGGCCCUAUCAGACAAUCGAGUUCAAAAACAAAAGGUACUGUCUGACGAGACUUGGGUAUGGUCUUAAUGUGGCACCCCGAGUCAUGAAGACGGUUCUGGAGACAGUGGCGAAGCAGGACAAGAACGUGGAGAAGGCAGUAUCGUCGUAUGUCGAUGACGUUCUGGUCAACGAGGAGGUAAUGUCGGCCGAGAAGGUGGCCGAGCACCUUCAAGCCUUCGGUCUCGAGUGUAAGGACCCCGCUCGCGCACAGGAAGGCGCUCGGAUUCUCGGCCUCCGAGUCUGGGGGGAGCAAGGCGCACUCAUGUGGAAGAGAGACAACGAUGUCCGAGAAGUUGCCGGACCGGUGACAAAGCGGAAAGUGUUCUCCCUCUGCGGGCAGCUGACGGGGCACCUUCCGGUGUGCGGCUGGCUGCGGCCGGCGACCUCGCUCCUCAAACGACGUGCGAACAGAGCAGCAAGUGGCUGGGACGACGAGAUUGACGACCCGGACGUGGAGCGUCUAAUGGACGAAAUUGUGAAGCGGGUCAGGGCAGAGGAUCCUGCCAGGGGACGGUGGGAUGUGAAGGGCGACAGAAUCACAGUGUGGACGGAUGCCAGUGCUCUGGCCAUGGGAGUAGUUGUUGAAGUGGGUGACGAAGUAGUGGAAGACGGGAGCUGGCUUCGCCCCGACAAUGGAGUACAACACAUCAACAUGGCAGAGCUAGACGCGGCCCUGAAAGGCGUGAACAUGGCCAUCCUGUGGGGCGCGGAAAGAGUCCGGUUGAUGACUGACUCACGGACGGUGUACCACUGGAUGACCGACCUCCUCAGUGGCAGGGCCCGACUGAAGACGAAAGCUGCCUCUGAAAUGUUGAUAAGAAGAAGGCUAAGCACCCUCAGGAUGCUCGUGGACGAGUACGAGCUGGACGUGAAUGUUCAGUGUGUCUCGUCGGCUGAGAACAAAGCGGACGCACUGACGAGAGUGCCGGACGCCUGGCAACGGGUGCUUAUGUGCAAAGAGGAGGCUGCAGCAUGCGCUGUGGGAGACGGAGACGACCCCGACAGGCUGGUGAAAGAGGUGACCCAAAUUCACCACGCUUCUGGUCAUCCUGGUGUCCGGAGGACGCUAUACUUCGCUAGGAGGGCGAACAAGCUCGCUACGAGACGACUUGCGCAGGCCGUGGUGUCGGCCUGUCAGACGUGCAGGUCUGUUGAUCCCGCUCCUGAAAAGUGGCGCGAAGGCCGCCUGGAGGUCGACACCACGUGGGACAGAGUCGCCGUCGACGUGACUCACCAUCAUGGGUGUCUGUACCUAACGGUGGUGGAUUGCGGCCCAUCCAGGUUUGCGAUCUGGCGUCUCCUGCGGUACGAGACCGCCGCAUGCGUCAUUGCGGAGCUGGCGGCGAUAUUCUGCGAGCGGGGACCGCCGGCAGAAAUGUUGCUGGACAAUGCCACCACCUUCCACAGCAGGGCGUUUAGAGCUUUCGCCAACGACUGGAACGUCGCAGUACGAUACAGGGCGGCGCAUGUGCCGUCAGGGAACGGAGUCGUCGAAAGGAACCAUCGCUCCAUAAAGGUGAUUGCGACGAGAGCGAAAUGUGGGGUGGCAGAGGCAGUAUACAGGUACAAUACAACGCCGAAGGACGAUGUCACUGAAGCUACGACACCCGCUGGUAUGGUGUAUCGGUACGACGUCCGAGUGAAAGACGUCGACCCCGUUCCGACAGUGAGGGACGAUGGACAGCAGGAGAGCCGCUACCACGUCGGAGAUGCUGUCUGGGUGAAAUCACCGAGAGCACGCUGUGACGAGCAGUAUGGCAGGGGAGUGGUGACUGGUGUGGUGUCACCGCAAACUGUCGAAGUUGACGGUGUACCAAGGCAUGUCCGUCAUCUGCGUCCGCGUGCAGACGAGGCAGAGCAACCAGUUUCCGCAGAGGCAGAGCAACCAGUUUCUGGGGAUGAGGAGCCCUGCUUUGUACGGUGUCCCAUCGACCGGCAUGACCGAGACGACCAGCAAGACCAACAGGAGGAAGCUGCGAGUGACACAGAGGCUGGGCCGAGGCGAAGUACGCGGGCUCGGCCUGUCACGCAGUUGUACGGAGACCCCGUGCCGAGCGAUGUCUUAGAUACCUACGUAUGAGCGUUGUUAGCGUGUGAUGUGAGCACUAGCGUCUGUUGGUUGCGAUCAGGAUCGGGGGGGAGUGUAGUGAAAUGUAGUGGUGCAGCGGAGCGAGCGCUGGCUGGCCGGACCUGGCCGCUGGACGCUGCCCUGGGUACGGGCGGCCGUCACGCGCCCGCCGACGGUGAACCUGACACCGCAGGGGAAUGGGGUCGGUGAACUGACGCCGCAGGGGAGGGGGCGGAGGGCACGCCCGGCCAUUGUUCGGGAUUAAGAGGCUGAGUCAGUCGGGAGUCAGGGCUGAGACUGGAAGGUGUUGUUGAGCGUUCUGUGGUGUGGCCGAGGUGGUGCAGAAGACCGUGCUUUGUCUGACUUUGUAAGUUUGGAAUACUCACUUUUUUCUUGAGACUUUUGGAUUUGCCGGGCGGACGAA